AUGAAUAUUAAAAUAUACCUCUCUUCAAAACUGAUAGAAAAGUGUACCUUUUGUGACCUGUACGGUUUGGUGGAAGAUUUACGGGAUGAAAUCAGAUUCACCGUCCUGGACGCCGAACCGCUUCCAAACUACACCGAGCCAAUCGGCAAAAUUUGCAGUGUGACUGACUACACCUUGUUCCGGGGUGCCCAAAAUGAUCGCACGUUCAGAGAAGAGCUGGCAAGAGAAGACAACUUUCUCAGGCUAGCGAUAUCGAACAGUGGUCGUAUAAAACACGUGAUGGCAAAGGUAAAGGGCGUCACAAUAGAGUCCCUUAACAAACUGUUGAUCAUUUACGAUGAGAAAGGCUUUAGCAAUCUGGCAGAGAACGAUUUGAACGCUGAAGACUGCGAUAACGGUCUGUUGCAUCUAGCGAGACUGAUAAAGACCAGUAAACCGGAAUCGAUCGGUGUGGUAGAACAGCUGAGCUCAUUGGCGAAUCAUGAUGCAGUUCAACGGCUUUGUCUUGUAUUACGGCCUGUUGGUAAAUGCCUGGGUAUGCUGUUUCGAAAAACGGCUCUCUAUUACCACUUCACCGAGUGGCUUGAAUGUAUCCGGCAAAAGGAUGCAAACGCUGUAAAAUGGACGCUUCUGAUGGACAUAGGGUUUGGUGUUGCCAUUAUGGGAAUGAUCUUCUACUUCGGAAAUCCUGGUACGAGAUUUAUGCAAUUCGCAGAGAUUAUUGUGGACAGUCUGCUUCAACUUCUUCACACUCUUCGGGGCAAUCCAAUCGGAUUGAAAUUAAAUGGGUCUUUAAACGAAUUUUUCUUUAGCUGCUUUAGCUAUCAAGUCGAUCUCUGGUGGAUGUUUUUAAUUAUCCUUUCACCGGCAAUACAAUUUCUCUUCAUUCCGCUUUCGAUUUUGGGACUAUUUGGAUUAUCGUUUCAAGUGGCCAUGCUUUCAGAUUUGAUCGUUCUAAUAAGCUUGCACGCGCAUUGCUUCUACAUUUAUGUGGCUGUAUUGUACCGGAUCGAAAUCGGAGGAAUAAGAGCUCUUUAUCGAACAGUGCUGGGAAAGAAGCGUAAUGUGCUACGGGAUCGCGUAGAAACGCACGACUAUAUGAAUCGUCAACUUUUCCUAGCGACUCUAUCCUUUACAGUGCUGCUUUUCUUAUUACCGACAAUUUUAUUCUACUACAUCGUGUUCGCGUCGCUUCGGUUAGCCAUCUACUGUUUGUCGUACACGCUGAUGAAGUUACGGCGCACCAUAUUACGGUUUCCGUUCGAUGCUAUGGUCCGAUGGCUAAGGGGAAUUUACACCAAUCUGGAAAGCCUCGAGAUACACAACAUUGGGUCGAUAGCGAAAGAAAAUGUGACGAUCACAUAUGUAGCGCCAAGAUCGGCUACGUUCUGGUUUCGAGACACUGCCAGCGAUUUUCCCCGUUGGGAAUCGAAGUAUCGAACGACCACUACGGUUGGACAGUUUUUAGUUAGCUUAAUAAAGGGAGAAAUGGUCACGUUCAUUCAACCGGAUGAGUGGAUCUUGCCUCCGCCCCCGAAUAAGGACUCAUAA